CAAGUCAUCAGUCCCUCUGAUUUCUAAACCAGUCAAUCUCAUUUCGCAUAACCAGAUUUUUUCUUUGUAUUCCUAUUUCGAAACCCUAUUUUUUAACUUGCUAAUUUUGUUUUGUUAUUGUAAUUCUGGUUGCUCUGGAUCUUGAGUUACAGGGAAUUCGAUUCGUUUAGCCAAAGCUUUUACGGGAUAAAUAGUGCGUAUAAGAAUUCACUCUUGCAGAAGGUUUUGUAUUUGACCUUUGAAGGGAUUCGAUAACUUGAUGUGUCAGCUAUGUGCUGCAUAUUUUCUUGAAUUAAGAAGGUUUGACAAGUAUCAAGAUAGUUCUCCAACCUUUCUCAUCAUUGAUGUUUUUGAAUAUCAUUAGCAGGAAGUGUCUUAAUGAGCAACAGCCAAGGAGGGAGCAAGGGUCAACAGGUGAAUAAUUGUGUGAAAUCUGAGUAUCAGGGAGAUGUGAAUAGAUUUGUGAGUAUAGGACCAGGUUCACAGGGAGAUGAUGAGUCAAGAACUAGUAGAAUUGAUGAAAAUGUUCAAGAUAGAUGCAAUCAGGUAGCAGUGGAAGUGAAUCCCAAUGCCCCUCCUCAAGCACCUCCACAACAGCUUCAAGGUUCAUUGGUCCACUGGGAGAGGUUUCUACAUGUUAGAUCCAUUAAGGUCAUGUUGGUUGAAGAUGAUGAUUGUACACGUCACAUUGUAACUGCAUUGCUUCGCAACUGUAAUUAUGAAGUUAUUCAAGCUGCCAAUGGACUUCAAGCCUGGAAGAUCUUGGAAAAUCUAUCCAAUCACAUUGACAUUGUUUUAACUGAAGUAGUCAUGCCUUGUCUUUCAGGAAUCGGUCUUUUAUGCAAGAUUAUGAGCCACAAGACACGCAAGAAUAUCCCUGUGAUCAUGAUGUCUUCUCAUGAUUCAAUGGGUUUGGUUUUUAAGUGUUUAUCAAAAGGUGCAGUAGACUUUUUAGUGAAGCCUAUUCGGAAAAAUGAGCUUAAAAACCUUUGGCAACAUGUAUGGAGGAGGUGUCACAGUUCAAGUGGUAGUGGAAGUGAAAGUGGUACACAAGCUCAAAAAUCUGUAAACUCAAAAAGCAAUGUAAGGUACGAUAACAGCAGCAAAGAUGGGGAUGACAAUGAGAACACCAGUGGUGGUAGUGAUGAUGGUAGUGGCACUCAGAGUUCUUGGACAAAACAUGGUAUUGAACGUGAAAGCCCGGAAUCAGCAAUUCCAUCCAACCAAAUAUCUGAGCAUCCAGACAGCACUUGUGGCAUAGUUAUCCGUUCUCUACAAACUCAACCAAUAAGAGACACCAAUAAUCACAAACCACAACCCUAUACAGAUAACGAUGAAAAUGGCAAAGAGAUUGCAACAAGCAUGGAAAAUGGGAAAACUGAAAAGAUUAUGAAUGCCAACGGAAUCCAUGAUUCCAAUGGAGUAGAAACUGAAGAGCUUGGCACAAAAAGGGCACGUCCUCCAUCUAACAGUGACGAGGAAGAAGUUCAAAAUGGCUGCAAUAUAUUGCGACAUUCAGAGCUUUCAGCCUUCACAAGGUAUAAAACAACCUCAAAUGCUAUAAAGUGUACUCCUGGAAUCAUUGCUAGCUGUUCUCAACCUGAUAAUAGAUCCAACAUGGUGAAGAAAGAAUCCAAACGUGAUGUGCAUUCAGAAGGAUAUCUUAUUUAUCAAGGCUCAAGUGAGCAAGUGAUACCAAAUGACAUGACACCUGGCAAUGGCAAUGUGGUCCAUGAUCAAGAGCUUCACAUCCAUCAUCAUCACCAUGUCCAUCAUUACCAUAACAUAGAAACAGAUGAGCCAUUGCCAAUGUCAAAUGAUGAUGAUGAUGAUGAUGAUGAUGAUGAUGAUGAUUUUGGUCUAACACAGUUGGCUGCAGAUGCCCCACAUUGUGGAUCAUCAAAUAUCAUGGGUGGUGGUAAUGGUAAAGCAGAAGCUAACCUACAAAAUUACAGUUUAAACAAAAGUGCAUCAGGCAGCAGACAUGGAAGCAACGUGCCAAAUGCUGUGAAUUCUGAAGUUGCAAAAUUAGAAAAUGAUGUUUGUUUAGGUGACAAAAAUAAAAUAACAGACAAUGACAAUGACAAUGGCAACGACAUAUCUACACAGAGAAAAGCAGCCUUGACUAAGUUUCGCCAAAAAAGAGAACUCAGAUGCUUUCAGAAGAAGGUGAGAUAUCAAAACAGAAAGAGAUUGGCAGAACAAAGGCCACGUGUACGAGGACAAUUUGUGAAGGGAAAAAGUCGCGACAGUUCCACUAAUGCUGCUGAUGGCUAGUUAUCAGGUUGGUUGGUGUCAAGACUUGAUGUUAAAUACUUAGAAACUUGAAAACAUAAUAAACCUUUAUAACUUGGCUUUGCAGAUUUACUGCUAUGUGUAUGAUUUAAUAUAUAUGUAUAUGGCAAUUUUAGUAUUGUUGAGGGAAAUAGCAAUGUACUCUCAUUGAUUUAUCUAUUAUAACAUCAUACUUUUUAUUUUGAAAAA